AUGAAGGUCUUUUCUUCAACAUGCACCUUCGAUUAUUCAUGGGAGGAGGUUUCAGCAGCCAACUGGCGCAAAUACUGCCCCUGGAAUGAUAAAUCUCCCCACGUCGUGGCGGUAGAUACCUUAUCGAGAAGCGUCGAUUCAACCACUGGCAUUUUGCGUACCGAGCGUCUCAUUACCUGCGAUCAAUCUGUCCCACAAUGGGUCCUCUCGCUUUUUGGCGGCAGCGCUACCUCCCAUGUCUACGAGAUAUCUUAUGUCGAUCCAAUCUCAAAAAAGGUCACGAUGUGCUCGUCGAAUCUUACGUGGUCUAACGUUCUUAAUGUCCGAGAGACUGUUACAUAUCAACCAUCGUCAGAAGAACCGACCUCAACCACCAGCUUCAACCAAGAAGCGAAGAUAACUGCGUUAUGCGGUGGCUGGCAGAAGAUCAAGAACAAAGUCGAGGAGGCGAGUGUGGAGAGGUUCAGCCAAAACGCUAAGAGGGGGCGGGAAGGUUUCGAGGCUGUUCUCGAAAUGAGCCGACGAGUCUUUGGCGAACAGCGCGAGCUAGAGCGGAAAAUGCAACCAUGA